UAGAAAUAAAAGUAAGUCCAAGGAAGAAACUGAUCACCUCUUCUAAUGGAGGAGAAGGAAGAAAAGGAAGUUGGAAGAAAUCGCAACGUGUUGCUUCCCUAGAUGUUUUCCGUGGAUUCACAGUGGCGUUAAUGAUUUUUGUUGAUCACAUUGGUGGAAUCCUUCCAGCCAUUAGUCAUUCACCAUGGAAUGGUAUAACCCUUGCAGAUUUUGUUGUCCCAUUUUUCUUAUUCAUUGUAGGAGUUGCUAUUGCAUUAAUGUAUAAAAGAUUGUCAAAUAAUAGAGAUGUAGCAACUAAGAAAGCUUUAAUAAGGACAUUAAAAUUGAUACUAUUAGGGCUUUUACUCCAAGGAGGCUACUUUCAUGGUAUCAAUGAUCUUACUUAUGGUGUUGAUAUUAAAAGAAUCAGAUUGAUGGGUACAUUACAGAGAAUCGCAAUCGCGUAUAUAUUUACAUCUCUAUGUGAGAUUUGGUUCAAGGGAGAUAGAGAAGUUGAUUCAGGAUUAUCAUUGUUGGUGAAAUAUCAAUUCCAUUGGAUUACUGGUUUUGUGAUUACUGUCAUAUACCUAAGCUUGAUAUAUGGUUUAUAUGUACCAGACUGGGAGUAUCAAAUUCCUAUUGCAGGUGGAGCUUCUUCUUCUUCUUCUUCUUCUUCUUUAGAAGUAAAGUGUGGUGUAAGAGGCGACACCGGACCUGCUUGCAAUGCCGUCGGAAUGAUUGAUAGGAAGAUCUUAGGUAUCAAUCAUUUGUAUACAAAACCAACCUAUGCAAGGACUAAGCAAUGUAGUAUUAAUUCGCCGAGAAAUGGUCCUCUUCCUCUUGAUGCUCCUCCAUGGUGUCAAGCUCCAUUUGAUCCUGAAGGAGUCUUAGGUUCAAUUAUGGCCAUUGUUACUUGCUUGAUAGGGUUACAUUAUGGACAUGUAAUUGUACAUUUUAAAGGUCACAAGGAAAGGAUAUUGCAUUGGAUGAGUCCUACAAUUGGUCUUUUACUAAUUGGUAUUGUAUUGGAUUGUUUGGGAAUUCAUGGUAACAAGAAUCUUUACAGUUUCAGCUACAUGUGUAUCACAACAGGUGCUGCCGGAAUUCUCUUUGUUGUAUUUUAUGUUCCGGUUGAUGUGUUCAGGUAUCGGUGGCCAACGAAAGCAAUGGAGUGGAUGGGGAAGCAUGCAUUGAUGAUUUACAUUCUCUUGGGUUGUAAUUUAUUGCCAAUUCUUCUGCAAGGAUUCUAUUGGAAAAAGCCUCAAAAUAAUUUUUUGAGAUUGAUUGGAAUCAAAGCAUGAUUAGGG